UGCUCCUACCUCUUCAACCUCGACGAGGACACGGUCGUCGACGCGCGGCGCUACGGCAACAAGGCGCGCUUCGCCAACCACGCGGACCACGGCAACUGCGCGACGCGCACCGUGCUCGUCGACGGCACGCACCGCAUCGGCAUCUACGCCAAGGCGGCCGUCGAGCCCCACGCGGAGCUCUUCUUCGACUACCGCUACACC